GGCGUGACCAAUCACCCUCCGCUCCCAUUGACUUCCUGAAGUCUCCGAGCGGCUAUCUGAGCUAGCUCUCACCUGGAAAAUGUCACCGAGGCCACAUUUGAGGCGUUGAAGUCAACUUUUUGCUUCUCUCGAGCGAGCUUCGGGGAGCCCAAAGAACGGCGGCUUACUUUCCUGAGACUGACUCGCUCCUAUUCGGACCGAGUCUUGAGACCUCAUCGCUGGAGCCAUGACUGAGUUCCAGGAGAAGCUGCGGCAGCAGCACGAGGAGUCCAUGCGCUGCGAGCUGGACGAGCUCCUCGCCACCGCAGGUGACGCCCAUGCACAGAGUUGCAAGAAUGACUUUGAGGGCUUCAAGAGGCUCUUCCACAGGUUCCUACAGGUCAAACGUCCUGCAGUGGACUGGGCCAAAAUCAGCCGCCCACCUGAGGAGAAAAUCGUGGCGUACGAGGAGAUCCGCGGCGAGCAUCUGCCCCAGGAUGUGGCGUUGUGCCUCAACAAGCUGGCGGUGGUCAAGCUGAACGGCGGCCUGGGCACCAGCAUGGGGUGCAAAGGCCCCAAGAGUCUCAUCAGCGUCCGCAACGAAAACACCUUCCUGGACCUCACCGUCAAACAGAUUGAGCACUUGAACAAGACGUACGACGCCGACGUCCCUCUGGUCCUGAUGAAUUCCUUCAACACGGACCAAGAAACCAAGAAGAUUCUUCAGAAGUACAAACAUCACCGACUGAAGAUACACACCUUUAACCAGAGCAGGUACCCGCGUAUCCACAAGGAGUCCCUGCUGCCCAUCGCCAAGAGUUUGCGCGGGAGCGCAGACAGCACGGCGGAGGCGUGGUACCCGCCGGGCCACGGCGACAUCUACGCCAGCUUGGCAAACUCGGGCCUGCUGGACCGUCUCCUGGACGAGGGCAAGGAGUACAUGUUCGUGUCCAACAUCGACAACCUGGGCGCCACCGUCGACCUCCACAUCCUCCGCAGGCUCAUCGGCCAGUCGUCGGACAGGCGCUGCGAGUUCAUCAUGGAGGUCACCGACAAGACAUGCGCCGACUUCAAGGGCGGCACGCUGAUCCAAUACGAGGACCACUUGAGGCUGCUGGAGAUCGCUCAGGUUCCCAAAGCUCACGUGGACGAGUUCAAGUCGGUCACCAAGUUCAAGAUUUUCAACACCAACAACUUGUGGAUCUCGCUGAGCGCCAUCAAGAGGCUGCUCGACAGCAACGCCGUUGAUUUGGACGUCAUCGUCAACCACAAGACCCUGGAGGGCGGUCUGAACGUGAUCCAGCUUGAGACGGCGGUGGGCGCGGCCAUCAAGAGUUUCCGCAACGCCAUGGGCGUCAACGUGCCGCGUUCUCGCUUCCUGCCCGUCAAGACGUCCGCGGACCUGCUGCUGGUCAUGUCCAACCUGUACAGCCUGGACGCAGGUUCGCUUACCAUGAGCCAAAAGAGGGAGUUCCCCACCACGCCUCACGUCAAGCUGGGCAGCUGCUUCGCAAAGGUCCAGGAGUUCCUGUCCCGCUUCGACAGCAUCCCAGACAUGCUGGAGUUAGACCACCUCACUGUGGCGGGAGACGUCACCUUCGGGAAGAACGUCUCGCUCAAGGGAACGGUGAUCAUCAUCGCCAACCACGGCGACCGGAUCGACAUCCCUGCCGGAUCCGUGCUGGUGGACAAGAUCGUCUCAGGAAACCUGCGCAUCCUGGACCAUUAAAAGCGGACGGCAACAAAAAAACUACACAAGGAAACCACAAGUAAACUCUUGACAAUUGGAAAAAAAAAAAA